AUGACGUCCACGGGCUCGUCGCUCAUCGUGAACCCGCGCACGAUCUCCAAGGAGCUGGAGGCCAAGAUCUCGGCAGCCAUCGCGGGCGUCAUCGCGUCCCACGACGUGGCCAAGCUCACCACGAAGCUCGUGCGCCAGGCCGUGGAGAAGGAGGUGCACGUGAGUCUCACGAACCACAAGGACGUGCUCAAGCGCCUCAUGCACCAGGAGCUGCGCAAGCUCAAGGCCAAGAAGGUGGCCAAGCGCGCGGCUCCGGAGCCCUGGAAGAUGGCCAUGAGGCGCGAGGCCAUCGUCAAGGGCCUCAACCGAGUCUACCAGAUGCUGCGCGAGGCCGAGAGCUUCCCGAGCUGGGGCCUGCACGCCAUCCAGUCGCUCUACGACCUGCAGUCGGUGGAGAAGGGCGAGGUGCUGAGGCUGGCGACGCUCUACGCCAGGCUCAUCGGCUCUCGCUGGCUCAAGGAGGACCGACACGCGGACUGGGCGGUUGGAACAGUCCCCACGCCCACGCAGCUCGUCAACGCCAUCACCGCUGUCUACUUAGUAGAGCGUCUUGGCGUCUCCCACUCGAGGCGCGUCGAGCUGCUAGACUUCUGUGACCGAACGCCGGCUGUCUACGGCCCCAAGGAACUUCUCGGAUGGAACCCUGCGGAGGGGCCUCCGCCUGCGGAUGACAAGAGCGGGGCCUCCAUAUACGAGCGACUGACGAGUGGACUGGUUCUGUGGCAUCAUUCCCGUGCGCUCGGGAUCUCCAUUGGAUUCACCUUGCCGCAGUUGCUACAGCACCUGCUGCCAGUAUACCCGUACAAGGGUCCAGGUGAUCUUCCUCCUCGAGAGUAUGAGGACCAGGCGUUGCGCUGCUUCGAAGGCUCGAGUAAUCUCGUACAGAUGCGCCGUGGGUUGGCAUUCCUGCUGCUGACCCAACGCGACGAUGGGUCUUGGGUGACUGAAUCGUCAGAGAGUGAUGCCACGCAGCGAUAUUUCUCAACAGUUCAAGCUCUGUGGGCACUGUGCGAGCCUCACCGAGUGGGUUUUGCCCCCGCCUUUCCGGAGGCCACACCGAUCCUGGAGUUGCACUUGAAUGCGGAUAUUGAAAUCGUUGAGGUGAGUAGUACUUCAUCUGCCUCACCUGCAUCGUAUGGCACAAGCGGUGCCGAUCCUGAGGUAGAGGCAGCGACGGCAGCCGCUCCGUCCGAAAAUGAAGACGUGGCGACUCGUGUGACGUUCCUGCAAGGCCUAUUGGAUCAAAACGGCAACGUGACGAAUGUAUCAGCUGCGCUGGCCACACAUGUGUUGAACACACUUGCAGAUAUGGUGCUCACUGUUGAUAUUCUCAAGAGCACUGGGGUUGGGCGCACUAUCAACAAGCUUCGCAAGCACGCUACACCUGCGGUGGCCAAGGCUGCCACACAACUUGUUGCGAAAUGGAAAAAGGACUUGCUGUAG